GCACUUAUGGCUGACUCUAUCAGCUGGCAUGGCACCAAGACAGCCUUGGAGGCGGCAGAAAAUUACGGCCUCGUCAGCGCGGAGGCUUCCGAAAAGUACGUCGAGCACAUGGAGGCAACAGCUGAGGGGCACAUCCGCGACAUAUACUCGGAGAAGGAGCUGGAACAAAUGGACAGUAUUGAAGAAGCAGCCUACGAGUACUUGGAGGAGCAUGUCAAGGUUUCACCGAUCGAGAUCCUUGCAGUCUUGUCCGAGCUGAAGUUGAUUAAAGUGGACGAGGCCGUUUGGAGUCAGCUGCUUGAGGAUGAGGCCACUGACACCUUGGGUGAGUUGGAGCAGUGA